AUGCCAAGUGAGGGGUGUCUUGAACACAAUUUUGUUCUACAACAGUGUAUCGACGAAGUGAAGGUCUCCAGCCGGCACUUGGCAGUUGCCUGGCUUGAUCUGAGAAAUGCAUUUGGCUCAGUGCCACAUUCAGUGAUCUUUUCUAUUUUAAAACAGCAUGGUGUGCCCCCUGCCCUCAUUUCUAUUAUAGAGGACUUAUACAAGGACUGCUCCACCACUCUGAGCACAGCAGCGGGGGAAACUCGCUCAGUGCCCAUGCUGUCAGGGGUUAAGCAGGGUGAUCCACUUAGCCCAAUUGUAUUUAAUCUUGCCAUUGAACUCUUAAUUCGUGCAGUGCUUGCCUGCAGCGAGGCUCAUUUUGUAAUUUUUGGCAAACCCGUUGGCUGCUUGGCAUACGCCGAUGACCUAGUCUUACUGGCUAAAAAUCCUACCUGUUUGCAGCAGCUCCUUGAAGUCAUCGGCAACGUAGCGAAGUGGAUGGGUCUUCACUUCAAUGGCUCCAAGUGCGCCACCCUCGUGAUGCAUAAGAGGAAGGCAGUCCACUUCGCCGCCUCUAUCCAGGGCCAGCAGAUCCCCUCGCUCAGGGAGGAGGACGCCUACCAACACCUCGGCGUCCCCACUGGCUGCUCCGUCGACCAGACUCCCCAGGACACCCUGGAGAGCAUGCUGCAGGACCUGCACAAGAUUGAAAGGUCAGUGCUUGCCGAUUGGCAAAAAAUUGAUGCAAUACGUACCUUCGUUGUACCUCAGGUCGAGUUCUGCCUCCUCACCGCCCGGGUCAAGAAGGCCCCACUUUCCAAGCUGGACGCCGAGAUUAAGAGGGUCGUCAAGGGCGCCUUCCACCUGCCCCGGCGCGCCAGCCCCGAGGUGGUGUUCCUACCAUCCUGGCAGGGAGGGGCCAACAUCCUGCCCCUUUCCGACCUGGCGGACAUUGGGGCCGUCACCAAGGCCUUCAAGGUGCUGACCUGCCCCGACUCCCUGGUGCGCGACGUCGCUGAGUCUAGCGCCAUGCGUACAGUGACUCGCUUCCUGGGGCGCGAGGCCUAUCCGGUGGACCUGGCGGCCUACCUCUCUGGCUGUACGGACGACGGGCACUCCAAGUCCUCCGCCACCGUGUGGACUGCGGCCCGCAGCGCCUCCCGGCGCCUUGCCGCCAAGAUCCCGGGGCUCUGCUGGGAGUGGAGCCCGACGCUGUCCAGGAUGUCCAUCGUGGUGCCACUGCCUGGUAGGUCCCCGGACCGUAAUGUUGUAGACUUUAUGUCCAGGUCCGAGCUGCAUUCCACCCUGCGGCGUGGCGUCCAGCACCACUACCACCUUCAGCUGGCUGCCAAACCAGACCAGGGCAAAGUCCAUGAUGUUGCCGCUCGCGAGCCAACCUCCAACCACUUUCUGGCCGCGGGUCGCUUCACUCGCUUCUGCGACUGGCGCUUCGUGCACCGGGCCAGGCUCGGCGUGCUCCCGUUGAAGGCCUGCAUCCGGGUCCCCGGCGCAGACAAGGUGUGCCGCAAGUGCCGUGCGCACCCUGAGACCACGGCACAUGUCCUGUGUCACUGCGCCGUCCACUCCAGGGCCUGGAACAAUCGCCACCGCAGCGUCCUGAAACACACAAUAGAAAACAUGAGUGCGUCGUGCCGUGACAAGUUAAGUGUUGAAAAGGCAGUUGUAGGUUUUCCUGGUAGACUCUUACCUGACAUUGUGAUCCGUGAUGAGAUACAAAAGAAGGCAGUUAUAGUUGAUGUGUGUUGUCCAUUUGAAAACCGCUACAUUGCUUUCGAGGAGGCUCGCCAAAGAAAGAAGGACAAGUACGCACCCAUUGCUGACUACUUGCGAGGCCUCGGGUUCACAGUGAUUUGUGAUGCUUUAGUUGUCGGUUCCCUUGGCUGCUGGGACCCAGCCAAUGACAAAGUUCUGUCACAUCUUGGCAUAGACCUACAAAAAAGAACAGUAUUUAAACGUAAAGUAGUGUCCGACGUGAUCCGCUGGUCUAGAGACAUUUACACAGAGCAUGUCUCCAAUCACCGUCAGUACAAGACUGACGUCAUUCUACCAAUAAUAAAUUAA